AUGGUGGAGCAAAUGGGAUUAUCAAAAACUCCACAUCCAAAACCUUAUCCUUUGGGGUGGAUACAGAAGGAUAUUGAACUUCAGGUAAUGACACAAUGUCGUUUCAAAUUUGCUAUCACUGAUAAGUUUAUUGAUGAAAUUGUCUGUGAUGUUGUGCCAUUGGAUGUAGCACAAGUAAUUUUUGGAAAUCCAUAUUUAUGGGAACGAGAUGGUGUUCUUAAUUAUAGAGAGCGUGCUUAUUUGUUUAAAAAGUAUGGUAAGGAAUUUCGAAUUCUGGAUAGCAAAACCCAUCUACCCAUGAAAAUGGUUACCACGAACCAAGUCAAGAGACUGAUUAAUGCUUGUGGUAUAUUCACUUUAUUUUUAAUCAGACCAGUGAACACGGGAGAAAGGAACGUAACAUUACAUGUUACACUCUCCACCAAACAAGAAAGUGAGAUAAGUUCAUUAAAGAAGCAGUUUGUUGAUUUAUUCCAAGAAGAGGUUGUCAUACCACCUAAAAGAAGUGUGGAACAUGAGAUUACACUUGUUGGAGAUGCCUCCUUACCAAACUUGGGGUUAUACAGAACCUCUAUAACUGAAUCUGAAGAAAUCAAGAGACAAAUACAAGAGUUACUUGAACAAAAGGGUGAUAGUGCCAAGUUACUCUCCAUGUGGCUCUCCAGUUUUGCUUGUACCAAAGAAAGACGAGGAUGGAGAAUGUGUGUAGAUUACUGA